AUGAGGAUUUUGUCCAGGCUACACGCAUGUGCCGGAGCCACCUUUCUACUCUUCUUGUACUUCAUUUGGCUGCAGUAUUCAACCUACAUUGACAACAGCACACAGGCAAAUUGGCCAGGCAAGGCACAUCGAAUUGUUGUCUUUGGAGACGACUGGUCUGACACUGGCAAUUAUCGCGUUUCUCCACCACCUCAGUCGUGGGUCGGUACCCGAGAUCCUGAUCGAGGUGAAGUCUGGGUUGAAACAUUAUGCAAAGAGCUCACUUGCGAUACCAUCGAUAACUUUGCACGCUCCCUACCAGAGACCGCAUCGGCUGGGUCCAUGGUUGACGCGGAUGUCUCCGCGCAAGCAACUAGCAGGAAUAGCAACGAUGGCAUAGUGACCUCAUUCGACUUCAAGACACAAGUGCGACAGUUUCUCACAUACGAUAAAGGAAGUCGUUACAUCCCAAAGCGCUUCCGACGAGUCGAUCAGCGGACUGUUUUCACAGUCUUCUUCGGCCUGUGGGAUCUACUAGAGUAUCCAGAUCUACACGUGGAAUUUGCAAUGCGGGCCAUUGAGAAUAGUCUCACGGCACUGUUCCAGAAUCUCGAUGUUCUUGCAGAUCACGCCACCGUUCCGAUCAAGGUCGUUAUCCCUAGUAUGCUAGAUGUUACCUUCCUCCCACGCUUCCAAUCACGAAAAAACGCCACGCAAGAGCAUUUUGCGGAGAAGCAGCACCACCUGGUCUUUUUAUGGGCCUAUUGGAACAAUGUCUUGUUUCAACGUGCGACUCAAUGGACGAAGGGCAAAGUUUUCAUGCCUGACCUUAAUACUUUGAUUAUGGAUCAGGUCAGGGCCAAACAACUACACUCCAGACAUAUCUCGGAUGCAUCCGGUAGUAGCGAACAAGCCUCCCUCUUCGAAUUUGUUGAACAGCCCUGUCUAUCAUCAAAACGGGGUAGCAGUGUAACCGAUCUGCAAGCAGCCGCCAUCGAGAAGUGCUUGGACCCAGCUCUGCACUUAUUUUGGGACGACUUACAUCUCAGCGGUACCGCCCAUCGUCAAAUCGGAAGACACGCCGCAAACCUCAUCCGCACCAAUCAAACUGUGAAUCCCGAGCGAGCAACGAAUGGCUCCGCAACCAACGCGAGUUUCGACGGACAAGAGGGAGAGGGUUUCAAUCUGAAAUUGCCGCCUGGCUAUUAG